GGACAACUAAUAAAUUUAUCUGCAAAAUAUAUAAAAUAUCCGAUAAAAAUGUUCACUAUUUUGCAUUAUACUUCGAUUUAACGUUUUUCUUUAUUUAGUUAAUGUUUAACAAUCAUAUCAUUUAUUUUACUAUUUAUACUUCUAUAUAAUUAUUAUUUUUAGUUUAUUAAAGCUAAAAUAAUAUGGUGUGUGGAUUUAAUAUAUUUUUGAAAUAUCAUACGAAUAAUUUGUUAUUAUGUGCAUAUUUUUUGUUUUGCUUACAAAUUUUGAACGUAUGUUCUAAACCAAAAAUUGAAUUUUUUUGCCAUAAUAAUGGUAAGUGUGUUUACAUUAUAUUAUUUUGAAUAGAUACUACGUUUAAAAAAAAUGUAACUAUUUUCUUUCUUUUACUUAUGUUUUUCUUUUUUAUUAUAAAUUAUGUCCGUAGUAUAUUUCGUUUCCAAUAAACCUUGUCUUAACAUUUUAUGGAUAUUCAAACAAAUAAUAAAUAUUAAAAUGCUUUAAAUUAGGUAAUAUAUUAUAAUUUAUUAAUCGUGAACAUAAUUAAAUGGUCAAUUCUGCAAUUACCCAGGUUGCUAUAUAGGCACUUAUACGAUGUGAUCAAUCUAUUAUAAGGCACUCAUUAUCUCAGAAAGUAUUAACUUUUUCCGGAAUUUAUUUCCUAGAACACUUAAGAAGCAAGCUGCUCUAUAAUUUUAUAUAUAUGUUAUUUUUUGUCACUCUUAUUUUUAAAGGUAAAACAACUACUUACUUUUGAUUUUAAAAUGGCAACCUAAAAAUUUCAUAAAUAGACGAAGUAUUAGUUAAAAUAAAUUUUGGUGUUAAAAUUUUUGAUUUCCGUCUACCCGUUAACGAGAUAUUUCUUUUUUAAGUUUAGGUAGGGGGAGAGUAGCGGAAUAUCAUGUGUGUGACGGUACAAUGUGCGGCGUGUUAAUAAUGCACCACCAUUUUCCCCCAACCCAAACAUAAAAAUUGCCAACAGAUUGACGGAAAACAAAAAUGUCAACACCAAAAUUUAUUUUAACUAAUACUUCGUCUAUUUGUGAAAUUUUAAAUAUACGUUGCCAUAUGAAAAUCAAAAUCAAAAGUAGGUAGUGGUUUUAUCUUCAAAAAUAAGGAUGACAAAAAAUAACAUGAAUAUAAAAUUAUAGAACAACUUGUUUCCCAAAUAUUCUAGAAAAAAAUUCCUGAACAAGUAAAUAUAUUAAUAUUAUUUUAAAUAUAUUUGGUAUCUUAACUAUAUUUAUACAUUAUAUUAUACUGCUCUCUGAUUUUCUAAAAUCGAGCAAAAUACAAUAAACUAAUAGCACAAAAACCUCGGCCAAAUCUUUAGAAUUUGAUACAAGAAAUUUAUAAAUAAUUACAAAAUUUAAAUAUGGCAAAAAAAAAGGUAAGAUAAUGGGAAUUAGGAGGGAAGUUGGGAAAGUAGGAUAUAGAUGGGAAUUUAAUGUAUGUAACGAUAAACCAUUAAUUAUUAAAAAUCGUUUCUGAGCGGAGUUCAGUUGAUAGUGAACUUAACUGAUGUAAACAGUAUAUAUAUAUAUGUCAUAUUAUAGUACAAUAAUUAAAUAAGCUUUAUAUAUAUCUUUAAUAAAAUUUGUUUGAUGUUGUACCAAUUUUACCAGUUUACCUACGAUUUUCCCGGUUUUUAAAUUUUGAUGAGAAAACUUCUGAGAAAAUCUAAAAGGUUACUUCUCUAAAGUAGUUCUCUAGUGAAAUUUCCUUAAAGAAAUAUUGCUAUCAUUAAAAUUUGGAGCAAAAUUGUUAGUUAAAAAGUUGUCUUUAAAAAAAAAAAAAUCAUAAAUUAUAUUUAUUAUGUUUCGUAAAUUUUCCCUUUUUUUUCGGUUUUUCGCAUUUGAUGAGAAAACUCUUGAAAAUUAAAAAAUUACUUUCUUACUACUUCUUCACGUCGAUUUUCUUUCAGAAAAGGUGCUACAGGUAGAAAUUCGAGCAAGUCGUCUGGUAGAAAAGUUGCGCUCAGAUAAAAAAAAAAAAUAAACAUCCUUGUAAAACCAUAAGCUUCUUCGUUCCAUUAGAAUUUAAAAUGUAAUAAAUAAUUCAACCCCUAUUCGAAAUAUAAACUAUAAACGUUUAAGUAUCUAAUUCUUUUAAUUCUGUAUAUAUUAACGUGAUAAAUUAUAUUUUAAUAGUGUAUGUUAAUUUUUUUUGUGUUUAGAUUAUAUUUCGAAAAUGGAUAAGUGGGUGGAUGACACCACCACGCUUUAUAAAAUCACGGAUUCGAUUGAUUUUAGCAUUAACGGUUUGUACAAUAUUAAUCUUACACAAUAAAAUACAGUUAUAUUAUUAUGUAGGUACAUAUCUUUAAAAUGUACUUUAAAGAGAUUGGUGAUGAUUUUAUAAAAAUGUUUUACAAUUUUGUACAAUUUGAAAAUAUAUACGAAUAAUAAUAACUUAAUAAUAUUUUAAGUAUGUAUUAAAAGAAAACUAUUCUUUUUGAGGAGAUAUGUCUUCUUAUAUUUUAAUUAUAAUAUAACUAAUAAUUAAUAAUUCAAUGUCGUUAUUUAGAAUUAAUUAUGAGUAAGUAUAUAUUCUGAUUUUAUAUUAAAUUUAUUUUACAUAUAUUAUCAGGAACAGGAUUAAUUGAUAGACAUUGCUUAACCAGUUAUAAUGGACAUUUUUCAAUUCAAUUAAAUUCGAAAACAACAACUACCGGGUUGGUACAACAGAAACCCUAUAAAAAUUCUAAAUCAAACAUAAAUUUAUUGUUUAACGUUCUAAAAAAUGGAUCAAUUCAAACCAAUGGGGUUAUUGAACAUAUCACAAAGUAUACAAGACAUAAAAUGUUUAAAUUGGACGGUAAUAUAUUGAAUACAUAGGUUCAUAUUUUUACUAAUUUAAAGUGUUGUUUUUAAUACAUCAAAUGUUUGAUAACAAAUAGGUAACAGUUGUGACCCCGAUAGAAACGCCGCAGAAUCAUUAAAGGAUCAGAAAACAGGUAAUUUUAAAAACAAAACACGCUUACAUUAGAUCACAGUUGUAAUGAUGUAGUUAGAAUAAAAGUCAAUCGCUUUGAUAUAAUCAACAAUUUAUACGUUUUUUUUAAUUAUUGUGUUUUUCAUAAAUCGCAAUAAUUUACAAACUUAGAACGGAAUAUAUUUGGUGAGCACAUACUGUAUAUUCUACCUAUAUUAUACUAUAUAUCCUACAUUAUACCAUCGGUUUCAGGGAAGGGGGAAGUAAAAAUAGGUAGAUUAUCAUUUUUUUAGCGAUUCUUUAUCAUGGUGGUGCCAUCAAAAUACUUAUACGGGAUACUUUAAUGACGUUCGGAUCGCAGUAUUUUUCAGAGUAUACUAAUUUCUCCUUGUGUAAUAACAAAAAAAAGGAGUCAGUGCAAUAGUGAAACAACUUCACUUUUCAUAAAUUUUCAGGAGACAAAAAAAAAAACGUUUUAAAACUAUUGUAUUUACGAUAACAUUAAUUUUAAAGUCAAUUUAAAUACAUUAAACCAUUAUACAAAGCUUCCGUAGUAUUUGAUUUGAUUUUCAUAAUUACUUUGAGAUGAGAGUUAAUAUUAACCUAAAUUGUAUGGAGUUAUCUGGGUUUUACCAGAAAUUUAUAUUCAUAAUUUUUUCAUCAAAUGUUUUAAUACCGAAAAACAAUUUUAUUGUUUGAAAUGGUAUGAAAUUUGUUUUAGUUGGUUAAUGAUAUUAUGAAUCAUUUUUCAAAUAAAAAAAAAAACAAUUAUAAGUUUGUCUCAUCACCCAUUCUUAUCAAUAGAUCGUGAAAGAAAUAUUGUAUCCAAAAUUAUAUGUUUUCUCUUUGUUUCUAAAUCGUCUUCAUGGCCUAUAGUGGGUGAAAGACGGGGGAACAUGUAAUGCAUUGUCCAAAAUUAAUAGUGUCCCAAACUCUCUCUUUUAUUGAGAUGGUAAACAGUGACAAAAAUUGGUCAAAAGAACAAUUCUCAAAUAAUUAUAUAAUUUUAAACAGUAUCUUCCAAUAAUUCGAGUAAUCAACGAACGACAAUAGUUUAUCGUUUCUUGCGAAAUGUAGAUGUUAUUUUUUUAAACUGUAGUGGUAGUGGUAAAUUUAGUUCUAAGUAUUACGAUUGAAUAUAAAUAGUAUUAUUUUAUAAUACUAUUAACAAAAAAAGAUACUCAUACUUCACACGUGGGUGCAGCCACAGUUGUUGAUAGGAAGUUACGAAGGUGGGAUACGGAAGGGAAUUUAAUGUAUAUCUGUAAGUAACGAUAAACCAUUGUUAAUGAAAAAACGAUUUUGAGCGGAGUUCAGUUGAUAGUUAUACUUUGUCAAUAUUAUAUAUGUCUUAAUAUGGUUAAAUAAUUAAAUAGGCAUUAUGUAUUUUUUUUUAAUGAUAUUUGUUUAAUAUUGUACCGAUUUUCUCGUUUUUCCAAAGUUUUUCUUGAUUUUCUUAUGUUUUCACUUGUUUUUACAUUUUCUGGGAAAAAUCUUGAAAAAAUCGAAAAAAGACCUUUCCAAUGUAUUUCCGCAGUCAGAUUUCUUUUUAAAUAGUGCUAUAAUUAAAUGUUGGAUCAAACUUACAGGUAGAAAAAUUGUACACAGGAAAAUAAAAAGCCAUAAUAUUUUUUAACUAAUACCAACAUUUCUUACAUUUCCCCGUUUUUCUUCAAUUUUUUCCCGGUUUUUCAAGCAGCCAUUAUAAUUUUCUUUGAUGCGUAUGUGUGUGAUAUUUUUUAGUUUCUGAGUGGAGUGAAGAAGGUCAUGGUUUUACAAUGAUGUUUAUUUUUUUUUUGUGGGCAACUUUACUACUAGAAAUUUUGCUCCGAUUUACAAUGAUAGUAUUUUUUCUAAACGGAAAUCUGUCUAGGGAGUACUUUAGAAUGGUUUUUUUUUAUUUUCACAGGAGUUUUCUCAAUACAUAAGAAGAAUUAGGAUAAACGUAGGAAAGACGGGAAAAUAAGUACAUUAUUAAAAAAAUAUUAUUAAAGAAAACAUAUAAUGCAUAUGUAAUUAUUUUGCCAUUAUGUAACAUAAAUAUGUUGUUGACAAACCAACAUCAUCAACCGAAGUCCAGUCAGGAUCGUUUUUUCAUUAGCAAUGGUUAAUUGUUGUGAAAAAUGUACAUUAAAUUACCUUUAAAAAUGGUUACAUCCGUCCCCAUUAUCCUAGGAUAGCUUUUUCAUCCUUAUAGUUUCUAUAGCAAAAACUAAAUGAACUAUAGUUAAAUUAGAAAAUUAAUACAUAUUAACUUACAACUCAAGUUUAUUACGAAUUAGGCUUAACACACAUUUUUACAUUCGGCACAUUCCCAAAAUCUGACUUAACUACUUAAACCACGAAUUUUGAAUGACGAUAUUAAUAAAUUUUAUCAAUUUUAUUUCCAGAAAUGUAUGAAAACUGUUAUUCUGCAUUAGAUUAUCAAUAUGAAAAUCAUGAUAAUUCGUCUAAAUAUAAUCAUUUUGGUGGUACGCAUCUUCGAUAUUUUUUGUCAGUAUCAUGGGUACCCGAUGAAAAACAAACAUGUUUAAUAAUAACGUAUAUACAUAAAUUGAAAUCUACAUUCGAUGUAAGUGUGGAUUUAAUAAAAGUAUUAAAUGAAACAAAUCAAUCCCCGAUAGCUAUUGUCAAAUUGGAAAAAAGUGUAAGUGAAAUAAAUGUUAUUCUAUAGUUUCUAAGAAUAUUAAAGUUUGUGCUUAUAUGUAAAUCAACCAAAUAAUUUAUUUUUGCAUACCCGCAGGAAGUAAUAAAACACUUGAAAAUUAUGGACAUUGAUCUUAUGAAAGAUAAAAAAUAUCAACUAUCAAUAGUUUUUAAAGUUAAGGAUAAUAAUUAUGAACCCGGUUUUGAUGAAAUGAUAUUUGGGCUCAUAAAAAUAGCCGUAUGUUCAGAAAGUCAAGGUAUUUUACUCUUUAAAUAAAUAAUUACUUAUAUCAAUAUUAAUUAAAAACAUGAUUAAAAAAAAAACAGUCACGCUGUGCUACAUUAUUUGACCACAUGAUGUAUAGGUGAGAAAUUGUUAAGGUACAUAUUAUGAAUAUCAACGUAAUUUCUUUUGUAUAGGUUUUGUUAUACUUAAGUCAACGGUAUAACACGAUAACAAAUGAAAAAACUUAUUCUGAAUGGGGUUCGGUUAAUCGAUUAGUUUAGGCAACUUUAAAUUAAAAUAGUUUUUCGUUUAACCAAGGGAACCCAAAAUCAACAAAAUUAUCUAAUACCCACUCAAGCUUCAAUAUAAAAAUUGAAAUUUAAAAAUCUGUAUUCAAUAUAAUAUCAAUAACUGCCUGCUUGUUUAACUUAAUAUCAGAUUUUUGAACGCUUUGAAUUUUGUUCGUAAACACUCAACUCUGUAUCGAUGUUUUUUAUAUUUUUAAAAAACGUACUUACGUAGAACAUAAAAGGAAUUGCAAAAAAUUGCAAAGUAUAUGCAAAAAAAAAAAAAUUGUAUAUUCUGGUCAAAGUCGUGUUUAACAGACAGGAAAAAUACUUCAUUGUUAGAAUACGAUUUUAAUGCUAACAAUAACAAUUUAAUCGCAAUUUUCAUUAAUCAUUUGAAUAUUCUGUUUCCGAAACUUUUAAUAAAUUUCUACGGCGUGUAAGUUAAUAUUAAUUAUAGUAAAUAAACAUAUAAAUAAAAAAUGUUUAUAUAAAAAUUAAAAAUAAUAAAUAAAAAAAUGGAUGCGUCACCUGGAGUAUUUUGAUAUGUGCGAUCGAUUUCGAAUUAAAAAUUCAUCAUCAGGUAUAUCACAGUCAAAAUGUAAUACACGAGUAUUACAUAUUUACAAUAAAAUAAAGAAAAAUAAUUUUAAUAAUAUUUUAAAUGUACAAAUCGAUUUUAAAAAUAAUAUCUUAUAUGAAUACAUUUUUGAUAUUGAAUAAUAGCCAAAUAAUUUAUAUUUCUUAACAUAUCUUUGUUUAGUAAUAACCCAUUUUAAAUAAUCUCUUCUAUUAAAAUAAAUUAUUUCUAUACAAAACAAUCAAUUUGUAUUUUUUUUUUUCUUUGGUUUUCUUUGUUCUAGUCUGUGGACACGUUUUUUACUAGUAAACUUGCUCCGAUUUUUACGUGUAGCAACUUUUCUGAAAGAUCAAAUUCUCUAGAUGGUCAAUUUUCGAUUUUAAAUAAAAGAACUUAAGUGGAGAAAAACAUAGGAAAACGUAUAAUUUCAUGAUUUCAUUAUUUUAUAAAAAUACGGACGACGUUUUCUACGAGAAAAAAUGAUUUAAUCGAAAAAUCAUUAGAUACCCUUUUUAUUGCCCUUUUGAUUUAAUUUCUAACGGUAUCAUCGCCAAAAGUGUUGUGUCACUUUUGAGCUUUAAGAAAUUUUAAUUUUUAGGAGUUUUUUUCUGUAAUUCGAUAUAAACACACGUAGAUUUGAAACUUGGUAAUAAUACUUAUAUUUGAUUUCCCUAGACGUAGUAAAAUUUUCAAAAUCAUCAGACGACUUUUUUUUUAUUAAGCGUUUUGAAAUAAAAUUUAAACAAAAUUCGCAAAAAAAUAAUACGGCACUUCAAAUUAUGUAUUACCGAACUGUGCUCGGAAUCGUCUGUCGUCAAGCAAUGAUUUAUCGUCGCUUACAGAUAUAAAUGAAAUAACCUUAUGUAUCUCACCUUCCCAACUCCUCACCUACAACAGUAGGCCUCUCCCAUCUCCGGUAUCAGUUUUUUUUUUAUAUUCAGUCGUGUUUUACUUUUUUACUGUGAUAUACCUUAUGAUGAAUUUUUAUUUCGAAACCGGUCGUAUAAUACACUUAUUAUAAUACUUUGUGUGACGCAUUCAUUCUUUAAUUUAUUAUUUUUUUUAUACACAUUUUUAUUUAUAUAUUUAUUUACGAGAAUUAGCUAUUUUAAUAAUUUUGUUUUUACUCUAAUCUUUUAUUAUUUAAUAAUAAUAAUUUAUAUUAUCAUUGAUUAUGGGGAAAUUAUUAAAUACGUUUAAUAAAAAUAAAUUAAUAUGUAAAAUUUGAUUAUGUCUUAGAUAAAGAUGUUCAACUUAUGGCAGAAAGUAAUUUAAUUAACGAAUCAAAACCAUUCAGGAUUUUUGGAUAUGGUAAUAUAAAAUAAUUUACAUUAUCCUUAGGUAAGCCUUUAUUGUAAUUAAUAAUAAAUUAGAAUAAAGUUUUCCCCUUAAUCGUUCAAAAUAACAGUAUGUCAAUACUAUUAUCGCAGGACUAUUUUUCAGUUGUGAAUAUAAUGUAUUCGAAUAUUGUCACAAUAUUCAACAAGUUCCAAAUAACAAAAAAAAAAAAAAAAUAAAAAUAUGUACAAUAAUUUAUAUAAAUAUUUGUUACCGAAUAGAUUAACGGUUUAAUAUUGAAAAUCCCAGAUAAAUUAAAAAUGUUUCUUUAAUCUAUAUCUAUAUCUAUACUACUAUAUAAAAUGAAGUCGCUUUUUUUUGUUCGGGAUAAACUCCAAAACUACUUACUCAAUCGUCGUGCAAUUUUUUUUAAAUUAAAGAUGACAUCAUAGAGAAGGUUUCAGGCAUAAAUUUAGUCUGAUAAAGUUAAUUAAUAAUUAGUUAUUAUUAAUUCAAAUAAUUGUAUACCUAAAAAUAUUAUUGUACAUAUUGUGCGGCACGGCGGCCCAUGGAUUUCCAGCUACCUGCAACCUGACCUUUUAGUGUUGUGUUUGAUAUCGGCGUUGUUCCGAGAAGUUUAUCGCACGUCUUUGAAAAGAUCCUACUUAUGGCCUUAUAUAAAAAUAUUAGAACUUAAAAACUAAUAUGAAAGUGAUAUGUACAGAUCAAGAUAAUAUAAAUUUUGUCAAUAUUUACUUUUAAUAGGCAAUGGCGAAUUUCAAGCAACGAAUGAUAAAAUAAAUAUUAACAGUUUCUGUAAUUGAGUACCCAAUAUAACAAAAUUGAUUCAAAACGUGUACAUUCAAAAUAUAUCUUCUAAAUCACUGAAAUGGUUUCAAGAAAGGGCUAUUUUGUCACCAUUUCCCAACUGAAUGUCUUAACUCUUUAACGUCUUAUGGAGUCCCACCACAUACACUGAUUUUAAAAAUAGGGGCACCUAUUAUUUUAAUGAGAAAUUUGAGCCCACCCACACUUUACAACGGUACAAGACUACAANUCGUUUACAAAGAAAUUUUUUAAGUCUUUGAAUUAUCAAAAUACUGGCAUAAUUAAUAUCUUUUGUUCCAUCCAUAGUUAUACCUACAAAGUUUAUAUACACGAACUCUAAUUUUAGCGCUUCGUACAUUAAAUCUAUUAGAUAAAAAAAAUUUGCAAAAAGCAUCAAUUUUUCUAUUGACACAACCGAUAUAAAUUUUUUUCAACAUUAUGAAGAAUCCGCGGUGGUGACGCUAAAUUUACAUGGCUACAUUACCAUGGAGACGUGACUAAAAGUGGUCUAAAAUAAAAAUAAUCAUCCAGAAAAUAAAUAGCAAAUUAAUAUUUGAGAAAUCUUGCAAUGGCGAAGCAUUGCCGGGUCAGCUAGUAUUUUAUAUUUUUGUAUGGUAAUGUAUUUCAUCUAAAAUAUACAAUACAUUGGUAUAUAUUUACAACAGGUAUAGGCAUAUUAUUAUUUUUCUAUAUGACUAAAUUUUUUUUUUUCGGAGCAUUAUAGAUUCUUUUCGUCGAAACAAAUUUCUUUAAUUUUUCUUUAUUAAACACACGGUUUAGAUUCCCAUGCCAAUCUGGUCUCAAUUUCAUUAUUUUUUUUUUGACCAUAUCUAAUAAUGUGCUUUUCCAUUACAAAUCGAGUGUUUUUAUUUUUUUAAAUUGUUCUAGAGAGCGUUAAUAGUAGAUUAUUAAAGAUGAUUUUUUAAUCAUUUAUUGAAUUUUAAUGAAAAGUUUUAAUGAAGACCAUAAACAUAUUAAUGUUAUAAAAUAUCUAGUGGUUGCAAAUCACAGUAACAUGAUUGAUAUACUUAUCGUAGCUAAGUAAAUUUUUGUAAGUAGUAAAGCGGAAAAGUACAUUAUUAUAUUAUAUUUAUAUUUUCCAAAUUACGUAAUAUUUUUAUCAUAGAUUUUCAUCGAGCUAUUUGUAUGUAUUUAACCCUUAAAACUCCUGUAUAUAAAUACAUUUCGACAUGCAGUUCAUUUUUUUAAUUUACCCCUUAUUUUAUCAUAAUAACUGAUAAACCUCGUAUCAAAUUGUUUAGUAUUUAUACAGGGCUGAAAAUUAUUGUAUGCAAAAUUCAUAUUAUUUUAGUAGGUACAUAUUUUUAAAUAUAUUAACCUUUGAUUUUGUAUUAUAGUUACCUUUACUAAUAUUUUAAGUGCAAUUUUCGUUAUGUGAAUAUUAGGGCUUAGAACUUAUUUCACUUAAAUUUCACAAAAAAAAAGCUGUUGAAUCAUCAAAAAAGCACAAAAUAAGUGUAAGAAGUCCCGAACGCUAAAGAUUAUAUAUUAAUUCUUGAAAAUAAAACUGCAUUAAAAAAAAUUAUAGACAUAUCAAUUAAAUUUGAUUCUUAUGGUUUUGUAUAGUUUAAAUUUUUAUAUUUCUACUGGUAAAAGUAGAAAAUUAUAAUCAAUAUCAAUAAUUUGAUAAUUAAAAAAUAAUAAUAAAUUAAUAAUUAAUUAAAUGCAAUCAAAAUUUGAAAAACAUACAAUUUAAGUUAUAUUUUUGUAAUAUUUACACAUAGGUAUAGAACGCCCGGCAAUCCAUAGUUCUACGAUUAAAACCUCUACAAAAUUGUGUUUAAAUGGUGGACUGAAGAUAAAAAAUUCAAAAUGUGUUUGUCCUCCUGGUUUUAAGGGAGAGUUUUGUGAGACAGGUAAUAUUACAAUUCGUAGGUGUCAAUUCCAAAGAUAGAUGUACCGAUAUACUUACAUAAAAUAUAAUACAAUUAUAUUAAAGUAUCUAUAAUAGACUAAGACCUAUAAAAAAUAAAAGAUAAUAUACUAUAGUAGUAUAGUCGAUUGCAGUAUUAAAACAUAAGUCGUGGUUUAUCGGUAUAUUAACCUAAACAAUUUUUGAACGUUGAACAUUAUGGAAUAUUCAAUACCUGCAUUUUUCAGGUUGUGGGCAAAAUUUGUAUGGCAGCAAUUGUACUGAUGUUUGUUCUUUUCUUAAAAAUAAACAUUGUAGAGGUUUAUUAAUGUGUACUAAUUAUGGAUGUACAUGUCCAGUUGGUUUAACAGGUCCAUUAUGUAACGAAGGUACAAUACAUAUUUAUUUCAGAAUUAAAGCUUAUAAACAUAAGUGUCUAUAAGCAACUAAUUUAAUAGUUCUACAUAAUUUUUUCAUUGCGUUUAUACAUUUGUUUUAAUUAGAUUGCAAAUCGAAUAAAUAUGGUGCGAAUUGUGAGCAAUUUUGCUCGUCAAAUUGUUUAGAAAAUAUGUGUAAUAAAUAUACGGGUAUUUGUUCCAAAGGAUGUUCAAAGGGAUUUAUAUCACCAAAAUGCCAAGAAAGUAAAAACUUUAAUUUAUUAUAAUAGAAUAAUUUUAUGAAAUCAUGUUGACUCAACACUUAAUAGACAGUACACUAAUACAAUUUUAUAUUGCUUACAUAAUUUCGGGGAUAUUCAAAUUUUUCUGAAUUAAUACAUAAUAAUAUUAUAUAGGUUAUAUAGUUACUAUUAAAUUAAAUGUAUUCUACUCGUUUUAUAUCUACCUACUUAUUAAAAUUUAAUUACAUUUUUUACGAGCAUAUGGAAAUAGAAAUCAUGUAUGUGUAGAUAUGUACUUACCUAUAUCAUUAUUUUCAUACUAUCGCUUAAUUCAUUAAACAUAAAAUAUUAACCAUACCAAGAAUAUUCGAUUUUAACUUACUGGAAAAAUUAUUUUAUCUGAAAUUUGAAAAAUAAAGACUAUUCUAUAGUUAGUUAUUAGUUUGUUACUUAAUUCAGAAGAGGGGGGGGGGUGAAAAUUAUAAUAUACAUUAAAUAUAAUGUUUUGACUUUUUAGAAUACCCAUACUUAAUUAAACCACCAACACAAAUUUUGAACCAGUAUGAGUCCAUACAAAUACAGUUGAAUUUUAAAUCAAAUAAUAUAAAUGGUGGAAAUAGAUACAUAAAAAUGAAAUAUUAUCAAUUAUUAUACAAAGUAAGUUUUUAAACAAUUAUUUCAAUGAAUUUCAAUAACUAUUAUACUAUUAAAUCGUUUACUUAAAAUCAGAGGAAUAACAAAAUUAACAAAACAGACUUUUUAACAUAUUAACCAAUUUUUUUCUUUAUUUUUUCUUUUAUACAACAUUGUUCUUAACUAAUUUAGGUUAUUAAAAAAAUUAAAAAUAAAUAAAUACAAAUUUGUCAAAUUUUCUUGAUAUACUCGUAUUUCUAUGUUUCUCAGCCGAUAGAAAAAUAUGAUAAUAUAACAUUAUUAUUGGUAAUACAAAUCUUAUAAAUACACUCCAUUGAUCUAUCGACUAGUUUGAACAAGUUCAAAUAUUUUUUAAUUUUUAAAAUUGGAUGAGUGAAAGUAAUCAAUUUAUUAUGAGACGUUUAGGUUGUUUAGUACAUUUGUAAGUUGGUGGCAAUUUGUUUGCCCUGGGUAACGUUCAAGACAUGGCUCGUUUUCGUCUUACGGGCGAUGUUGGUAAGAGCUCGCCCCAGUAUUGUUUAUCUCUCUCGAUCCCAUAAGAAAAUCACAAGCGGAAAUCGUUUGAAAAGCUUGNGACUACGGUUAUAAAUAAAAUGGUAAAUGGUUACACAAUGAUAUUACCGUUUAAUACUUUAACUUAAUACUUUGAGUAUUUGGAUAUUUGAAGGUGUGUGUAAUGUGUAUUACUCUGUAAAGCUCGGGUUAGUGAGCAUUACAUAAUUUCAGCACUCCAAUAUUUGGGCUUAAAUUGCACCAAUAAAUGUAUAGAGUUCUAAUUUUGAAGUCACUGGAACUACUAUAGCUAUACUAGCUGUAACUACUCACUUUAUGAAAUGUAACUCUGUCAUUUGUUGAUUACGUUCUCAUAGUUAAUUUGCUCACCAGUUUUGAAGAAAUUUGAAAAUAGCUUGUCCCGCGAAACCUUGUUAUUUUAAAGAAAAGAAAAACAACCCAUAUUAAGGUGAAGUGAAGAAGUUGAAUUAUUUAAAAUGAUUGAUGACCUUGGUGACACUGUUAAUUACUAAUUAAAGUUUAAUAUUGUGAACGGUUGAAGCCGUGAGGGACAGCUGAUAAUAUUAUAUUUUAUGUAUACCUAAAUCCUAUUAUUGUUUUUAGCCAUUAAAUGAAGAAACAUUUUUAAAAUCUGAGUUUAAAGAAAUAAUCGAAAAUGUUAGUACUGUCACAGAAACGUUAAAUGACUUAACACCAGACACGUCAUAUAAAGUUGGUGUUUUGAUUUUAGCUAAUGAUGGAAAUUUUAACGAUGCAGAUAUAACAUAUGAUACAUAUAAAACAUCGUGUAAACGUAAGUAAUUUGCAUAAGCUUAAAGAUAAAAUGUGAUUUUUCGUUUAAAUGAUAUUUUUUGGUAAAAAACGUCGUCCGUGAUUUUAUAAAAUAAUGAAGUCUUGAUAUUGUACGUUUCCUACGUUUUUUCCCAAUUAAGUGUUUUUAUUUGAUUAAUGGUAUCGAAAAUCAAAAAAUAACUUGUUUAAAGUACAAUUUAGGCAACUUGAGUUUUCAAAAAAGUCAUUACACGUAAAAAUCGUGAAAAAACGUGUCCACAGACUAGAACCAAGAUAGAAAGAAAAAAAAAACUAAACAUCUUAGUAAAACCAAAAGCUCUCUUGCUACGCUCGACAUCUAAAAAAAAAAAAAAAUAGGUAAAGAAGUUUAAAUGUCCUUCCUCUAGUUUAAUAGUGUUAGAAAUUUUAAUUUAAUAAAUUAUAUUCGUUAGAAGAGGACUUUUAAACCCUUUAGUAUUUUUACUGUAUACAUAUUGUUAAGGAUAUUUUGCCAUUUUUAAUCACUUUGUUGUAUAUUUUAAAUGUAUUUAAAUCUGGGCCCUAAUUUUAAGCAUAUUAUUUAUAAUAUUAAUAUAUAUUAUAUAUUACAUAUUACAUAUUAAUUAAUAUAUUUGAAAUUUACAUAAUCAGUUAGAGUGGAGAACGCCUUAAAAUGUUAUAAUAGCUACAUUUAAAAUUAUCUCUAAAAACCAUAAAAAUCUACCCUUCUACUUUCUAAUGUUCAUGCAAACAUCGUAUCCAUGUAAAUUGUUGUGGCUAUCUAAUUUAUAAGUAUAUACAUUAAUAAUUAUUUUAUACAGAACACAUUACAAUCGAUGUUUAAUAUAUUUAUUGCCUACAUAUUUUAAAAUAAUAUUUUCAAUAUUUCAUCUUGCAUUGAUGACACAAAUUAUAAAAUAAUAAUGAAAUGUUUGGUAUUAUAUAACUAUAAUAUUCUACAAUAAAAACUGAUUUUUCUUUACAGAACCCUAUACAAAUGAUUAUACCAUUACAACAAUAAAAAAAGAAACUUAUACCAACAUAACGUGGAAUAAUGUAAGUAUAAUAAAUUAUUAUUGAAAUCUUGUACUCGUAUAAUUUAUAGUUAAUUCACUCUUUUACAAUGUUACUUAAAAUAUAAAGGAUCUGUCAAAUCUAAUUUUACAGUCAAAUUUUCCAUGAAGUACUUAUUUUUUUUUCUUUUUAAAUUUACCUAUGUAAAAACUUUUUAAAAUGUUAUAUCAGUCUUAUUUGUUCGCCCUUUUUUAUGGAAGUGAAACCACGAUCAAUUUUUGAUUUUCAAAUAACAACCUAUAUUCCGCAAAUAGAUGUGGUUUUAGUUUAAAUAUUAAUUUCUGAGGAAGGUGGCCCUGAAAUGGGGUAUUUGAAUUUGAAUGCCUGGAAAUUUUACUAUCGGUUUUGAUUAGAUUUAUUUCGCGAUAUUUUUCCUGUUAUGAAGCUGGUAUUGAAAUCCAAUCGUAUGAACAAUUUCACCAGUGUACGCCCUAGUUCCACCAGAAUGCACAAUAGAUGACUUGGCUUUAGCUAACGAAAAGACCAUACUACAUGCUCAAACAAAAUAUCUACAAUAUUUAAUUUAUUUUUUUUUGCUUUUAUCGAAAUUGUGUGAAAUUAAUAAACAUAACAUAAUUCCAACACCGGACAAGAUAAGAAGAAGAGUUUGAAUAUAUUUUGGUGUUGACUCUUUUGAUUCUUGUCAACCCGUUGAUGAAAUAUUCCUCAAGAAAUUUAUUUAAAAAAAAGUAUUUUCAUUGAUAAUUUGACUGUAACAUGAAUUUGGAAAAUCUUGUAUAAGUACAAUAAAAUAAUUUACUUUUAAAUAUGGUCAAACUGCUUAAAUAACAAUUGUCUAUUACUUACCUUCAUAAACAUUUUGAAUUUACAGAUACAUACUGAAAAAUUAGAUUGCAAAGUUCAACAAUAUGUUUUAACGUUAACUUUAUAUCAAUCAGAAAAAGAAAUUUCCUCUAUACAAGAAAUAAUACCAAGUUCAAUCAAUAGUUACAUAAUAAAUCAUCGAUAUCAAUAUCCGGGUUAUAACUAUACAAUAACAAUGACACCUAAAACGUCUAAGGGGUACUUAAAUUCAAUGUCCAAAACAAUUGUUAAUCCGUCAAUGAUGGGUAAGUAAAUAUUAAUUUUAAUUUUAAAUGAAGUAUUAAUAAUAAGAUCAAUUUAAUUUUUAUGUAAACCAAGACGUUAAAAUAAAAGAUAUUGUCACUACCAUCAAAAAUAGUUCGAUUAAAGUAUCAUGGGAUUUGGAAUCUUUGAAUUCCUACAAUACUUCAGUUGAAAAACCAGUUAUUAUUAAAUACAAAGUAAUUUAUUAAGAUUUAUAAAUACAUUAGCUUAUACGAGUGUGUAGAUACCUGAUAGGUACAUACAUUCUCGUUCAGCUAUUAAUAUAAUAUGACAAUAUGUAUACGUGCCUUUUCUUCUGCUCUUUCGCCUAUUUGUCGCACUGUAAUGUAUAAAUUAACAUAAUCUAUUUGUCCUAAAUCGCUACAUGAUACAGUCUCCCACGUAUUUCUGUAUUAUUUUAUAAGUAUGUGAAUAAAACAACAUUUUUAGCUCAAAAGUAUAUUAAGUUGUUCUUUGGAAGAUAUAAAAGAAAGUGAAUGGACUAAGAAAAUUAUCAACGAAAAAAACUAUGAAAUAAAAGAUACAGUACCAAAUUCUCAAUACAGUCUACAAAUUAGAAUUUUUGAUGAUGAAAACGAUAAUAUUCAACAAGACAAUAUGGUGUAUUUAUAUACAGAAUCAACAUGUAAAAUUUUAUCUAAUUCAUUCAAAGAUCUAUAUUUAUUACAAAAUUUGGAUUAUGAUACAAUAUAUUUUUUCUUAUUAGAUCCAAAGACAAAGCCUCAAUUGAUUAACAAUGAAUCAAUUUAUGUGACAAAUAAUUCGGUAAAUUUUGAAUUGGAUGAUGUAUCCAAAAACUGUAAAGACCUAAACGGAUUCUUUUUAAAUUACUAUAUCGAAUUAAAGGUAUCUUUUAUUCAAAUUACCAUACUAAUUAUUUACUUAAAUAUAUAAAAUUGUGUUAUUUUAUCGUAGGACAUAAAGACUGGAAUCAAUCAAACAAUGGAAACAAAAAAAACAAAAAUUUGUUUUGAUAAUCUCAACCAAAAUACGUCAUAUGAAAUGAAAGUUUUUAUAAAAACACAUUUCGGCUUCAACCCGGAUACAUUUUUGAAAUUUAAUUUUGAGAUUAAUAGUGAGUUACCAAACUGUCAUAAUUAUAUUAUUUGUCUACGUAUAUGAAACUAACAUAUUAUAUAUUUUGACAAAUAAUUAGAUUUGACGUCAAUUAAUGAUCUAAUGGUUUAUAAAACGAAUAUAAAGAAUCAUAUGAUAGGAAUUCGUUGGAAAUGUACUAAAGAAAACACAAUUUUAGAUGUGGUUUUAGUCACACCCAAUAAUGAAAAACUAAUGCAUGAAACUAUAAAUAACGCAACGAAGUGUUCUGCUUGGCCAGAAUAUUACUGUCACACAUUUAAUAAUAAGAAUAUUAGUACAACUGCGAGUGAACAUUACAUACUUAAAGUACCCAUAAUACAAUAUUAUUUCUAAAUAAUUAAUUUUUUUAACUAAAAAUGAAUUGCUUAACUUAUGUAAAAUGUACCUAUUUAUUUGUUUUUAAUUAGGUAAGACCUAUUGUAGCAGUUUAUCCUCAUGGUGAAUUUGUGUCUAUUUCAUUUGACGCUAACGUUAAAGGUAAGUUAAAUACCAUGAUAGUCAUGCAGGACUGGUAAGUUCAUGCACUAAAAAACGUAAGAAACGUAAAAAUUGUAAAAUAUGUAAUCUAGUAUAUAUAAGAAUGAAUAGGCUAUGAGAGUUUAUCACAAAAUAACGCACAUUAUUAUUAAAUGAGGUUACUAGGGGUCUUAUCAAUAAAGUUGUAAACUUGAUUAAAAAUAAUUUUAAUUAAUAUUUUACAUAAAUAUAAUUAUUAAAAAUAACUUCGUUUAGUAUCGGUCACUAAAAAAAUAUUUUGGAUAUUGGCAACUAAUUUUACCACUUAGGUUUGGUUAGGUCGUAUCCAGUCCAGUACGAGUACUAACUUAAACAUUAUAUUUUCGUUACUAUGUUGUUUUGAAACGAAUUCGUACAUUACUUAGGUAACAUGUUUUCUUAUGUACUAAAAAAAAACAAACAGACAAAUGCAUGAACUUACGACUUCUGAUUGUAACAUUAAAAAUACUUAAACAGAAUAAUCAUAGUAUAAAAUUUAUAUUAAUUGUAAAUUUUCAUAUUUAGAAAUACCCGAGCCUCCAAAAAAUCUCAGAACUAGAGAUGUUAAAAACGAUACUGUUACUCUACAAUGGGAUAUUCCAUGGGUAUUAAAUAGUGGAUUGAAAAAGUUCAUUAUUACCGCGGAAGAAAUAUUAUCUUCAGAUGAUGUUGAAAUUAAAGAAUUCGAAGAAAAAUUUACUGGUGAAACGCCUACAUAUAGCUAUACGGUAAUCAAAAAUAAUAUAAGAAAGAUAUUAUUUUUAUUUAUAUAUUAUCGCCAUUCAACUACAAGCUUUGAUGUCUGAUACUUUUAGAUUUUUCUCAAUCUCCUCCUAAUAUUGUCCAUACAACGUGUAGAGAUAAAUUUAGUAAAAAUAAUCGUUACUUAAUAUUUUUUAUAAAAAUAUAGUUUUUUUAUAAAAAAAAAACAUAUAGGAUAAUUGGCUAGCCGUGCUCACCUAACUUUUUCGAUUAAAUUUUACAUAUUAUAUUCAAAUUCUUAUUUUUUUUUUAAAUGUAGUCAAAACCGAUAUUUUCAAAUAAUUAGAUUUCUCACAACAUAUAGGGAAAUAUCCGGUGGUGAUACCAACUUUGGUUUUUCAAAUAAAAACCUAUAUUAAAAAUUCCAUAAAUAGAUGGAGUAUUGAUUUAGAUAAAUUUUGAUAUUAACAUUUUUGAUUUCCGUCUACCUGUUAACGAUAUAUUUCACUUUAAGAUGAGAUAUGAAGAGAGAAGUAGAGUAUCAUUUGUGUGGUGGCACGGUGAGUAGCAUUUCAUUAGUACUCCACUACUCUCCCCCUACCUAAACUUAAAAGUGAAAUAUCUCGUUAACGUAUUGACAGAAAUCAAAAAUGUUGACACCAAAAUCUAUUUAAAGUAAUACUCCGUCUAUUUAUGGAAUUUUUAAUAUAGGUUCUCGUUUGAAAAUCAAGUUGGUCACUCCUCAGGAUACUACUUAAAGGUUGUGAAAAAUCUAAGUAUUCGAAAAUAUCGGCUUUAACUACACUUGAAAAUUUCAAAAAACAGAAUUUGAAUAAAAUAUGUAAAAUUUAACAAAAAAAAAAAUAGGGAAGCACGCUUAUACACUCUGUGUUUACCUACGAGCAUAAUAAAUAGUAUUACCCAAUCAAUUAUUUAUAAUUAUAUUUAAUCAUAAGUCUUUCGUAUUUAUUAAAUACUUUUCCUACACACUCAAUGAUUUCUCCCGUUAAGAUUCUUAACAUAUAGAUACUUUCUACGCCAAUUAUUGAAAAUUCCUAAUACUAUAAAUUGUAGUUUGAAGAAACUAAAAAUUAUAUAAUACUGAAUAUCUAUUUACAAAUAAUCAAAAGUAUUAUAUUAUUUAAUAAUUAUACUUUAUUUUUUCUCAUUAUCUUAAUAAAUCAGGAGAAUAUGGUUUUUAUCAUAGACAUUAAAUUAAUUUUAAUUUUAAUAUUAAUUACAUAGAGAGUUAUUUUUUUGUUUUAAAUUGGUAUUCAGUGUUCGGAUUGAAAAAAUUAAAAAAGGGUAAUAAUUAUAACGUCCUUUGCCAUGAGGGAUUAUUUUUUUUAUAAACGUUAAAAACUCAAAUUUUAAUGAAAACACAUUUUGAUGAAAAUACAAAAAUAUAUACCGUUUCAUGCGUGCUUCUUAAAACAAAUAGCAGAGAUACCAUACAUUAAAACGUUUAGAAAAUUAGUUAAAUUACGGAGUCCCCCUUCAAUUUGAGAGCUGUUGAUAUUAUGAUUUUAAUUAUUCCUACCUGCUGUUAUUGAACUUUGAAUUUGUUUUAUAGAUAAUGAAUCUAAAGCCUGGAUCUAAUUAUACAUUUGGAGUGAUGUCCCAGGCUAAAACAUUAUUGCAAAGUGUUCCGACAAGUAUAACUAUUACAACAAAUACCAAUGAAUAAAUACAACUAGAGAAUAAACAGUAAAUUGUAUACCUACUUAAACAUAUAUUUAAUUAUUAAUAUUCCAUAGCGUAUAGUUUAUAUUAUGGUUUGUGGGGAUAGAUUUAAAAAAUUUAAAUAUUAGAAGCUAUUCUAUUUUAAUAUUUAUUACCUACUCUAAUUUUUCAAGAUGGUGUUAUAAUAUAACUAUACGACUAUAUAAUUUAAGCGUUUAUGAGUAAAAAAAGAGAAAAAUACGGGUAAUAAAAUAAACCAAUUAUUUGUAAUUGGUGUAAAUAGUGAAAUUGAAAGUUGAAUAAAGUUUAAAAUACAUAUAGAUUUUCAAUUUAAAUGGAUUGAACACAUUAUAUAACAAUAGCAUAAAUUAAAGAUUUAUGCAUUAUCUUACGUCUUAAGAUUAAGAGUAAAAUAUAAUAAUCCCAAAAUUCUAAAUAUCUAGGUAAUAAAUAAAAAAUUGAAUUUUAUUAAAUAAGAAUUUAAAAAAAGUAGUUAACUAUACACAGAAUGUCCUAUAGUAUCAUCCUUAUGCUAAUAAUUCUGUCAAUAUAUUUUUUUUUAAUCGGUUUUUGUGCGAGAGGAACACAUAUGUAGAGAUAAAUUAAAUUUUUAUUUUCAUCUCUGAAUUAUUGAAAAAAAUUAUUUUAUAUUAUCAAUUUUCAAAAUGUUCAAAAUAGCCAUUUUGUGUAAGAUAAUAUUCUAAAAAUUUUAGAUAAACUGUAGGAUACUCUGUAUAUAGUUAACUAUCUUUUUUAGAUUCUUAUUUAGUAAAAUUAAAUUUUUUAUUUAUUACCUAGAUAUUUAUAAUUUUAGGAUUAUGAUAUUUUACUUUAUCUCAAGACAUCAAAAUUCAUCAUUAUUUCUAUAGCAGUAUUAUUAUCAUACAGUCCAUCAACGUGAUAAUUAUAUUUACUUAAUUACUUGAAAAUGAAAAAUUGAAAUAAUUAUAUUAUGGAUAUAUAUAUAUAUAUAUAUAUAACUUUAUAUACAAAUAGAUUUGAAUUCGACAUCUAAUGAUUCAACAAAAGUCACAUGAAACUUCAGUGUUUAAUUCUUCGACUUCUAAAAAUGUUGCAACAAUUGAAACCGAAAAAACCAACAGUUCCAGGAUACCAUGAAACGUUAAUGUUAUUUAAACAUGUAUUUUAAAAAUAGUUUAUUUUGUUGCGUUAUAGGAUGUGAAAUUAAAUUUUUUAGAAUUUGGUUGUCAUAAAUAAAUAUAAUAUGAUAAUUGAUAA